AUUAGAUAUAAUAUUUACAAUUAAAUUUUCAUACAUCAGUUAAGUGGUUACUUGAUUUCUAAGUAGUCAUCACUGCUCGCGCGUGGAGUGCAAUGUCGAUAAACAGUGUUUAGUUUACUAAACUUUCAAUUUAUUACAACGGUGCUACCAUUCCAUUGUGUAUGGGUUAAGUUAUAGAACAUAUCAAUCUGUAUUACUUUUCCAUCCAUUAACCUUUUUUAUGGAACCACAAAAUACUUGGAAGUUAUUCCAUAUAUCACUGUCUGCUGUAACUAAGGUAAUUAUAUUCAUGGCGUUUAAACUGUCACCGGCAUGGUUUUCAAGGGCUGCACGUUGGGAGGCCCAUUUUGGAUAUUUAAACAAUGUGUGUUCAGCAUCAUCUGGCUCUUCUUUGCAAUACCAACAUUGGUUAUUGUUUUCUUUAUUUAUUCUCAUUCAAUAUGUGUUAAAGAUACCAUGUCUGAAAUCUGCAAAUUUACUAACUUGUGUGAUGGCAUUGACCAUGCUCCUGCAUCUGUGGAAACCAUAUUAGUUUUUGUGAUAUGGAUCCUGUUCCAGAUAUUUCUCAAUGAAGGAUUUAAAAGUAUUCUCCCCUACCUUGCUCAUCGCAGGUUGGAUACUUUAGAGCAAUGGAAAGUAGGAAUAUCGACAUAUAUUGGAAAUAUUUUUAAUAAAUCAGAGGGUACGGAUAUUAGCUAUCAUAUUACUGAAGAUUUUAUGUAGGAUCACUGGUGGCACAGCAACGUUUUGAACUUGUAACAUCUGUUCAUGCGAUUGGGAAUAUGAAUAAUUUGUGGAAAUCAUUAUCAAGUAAAAAAAAAGUAGGAUAGCGUGUGUGCGUGACAAAACAUGCACCUACCAACACUACAGACAAAUGAUACAUAAACGAAAAAAAGAAAUUAUAAUGAUUCCAUUCUUUCCCACCCCCUAAGCGUAUUAGUCAGAAAAUAAAACUGAUAAUCGAUUAGGCAUCAUUUGCUCUUACAUUAUCAUGCUACGUAUCACUUUGAAGGUUGCAUUUUAUCAACCGAUGAAUUACCAUUUUGUCAACCGAAGAAUUUUAUA